AAAAAUAAACAAUAAACCGAUACCAAUCAAAACCAUGGCCCCUGCCACUGAGAGACGACCGCGUGGUAGGCGGGGAAUUAAAAAUAUAACAAAUUAUUUUACUUUGUCGGAUAUUAAAAUUAUACUUCAGAAUCCUACAUACAAUUGGUUAAUUGCUUUAGGACUUUUAGUGUUUGAAUUAUUUUUAACUCUAUACAUAAUUUAUAAAGUGCCUUAUACAGAGAUAGAUUGGAAAGCGUACAUGCAGGAAGUAGAAGGAGUGCUCAAUGGCACGCUAGAUUAUUUAGAGUUGAAAGGUGACACAGGACCAUUAGUAUAUCCUGCUGGCUUUGUUUAUGUAUAUUCUAUUUUAUAUGCAAUUACUCAAAAAGGAGAAAACAUUUUCCUUGCUCAACACAUAUUUGCAUUUUUAUAUCUCGCAACUUUGUAUUAUGUUUUCAAGCUCUACACAAGAUCUCAAUAUGUCCCACCUUAUGCUCUGAUUUUCAUGUGCUGUACCUCCUACAGAGUGCACGCCAUAUUUGUUCUCAGAUUAUUUAACGAUCCAGUUGCAAUCUUCCUGCUUUUUGUCUCCCUGAAUUACUUGUUUGACCAACAAUGGUUCAAGGGAUGCAUACUUUACAGUUUAGCAGUUUCUGUUAAGAUGAACAUCUUACUUUUUGCACCUGGAUUGCUCUUUGUUUUACUGCAUUCUGUUGGAUUGAAAGACACAUGCAAAUAUAUUAUGAUUUGUGGCUUUACUCAGGUUUUGCUGGGACUUCCAUUUCUAGCCACUCACCCUUUUAGUUACAUUUCCCGCUCUUUUGACUUCGGAAGAGUUUUCCUGCAUGUCUGGACAGUGAAUUGGCGUUUCAUUCCGGAACAUAUUUUUGUCAGUCCAUACUUUCAUCUCCCUCUCCUCCUCUGUCACCUCAUUGUCCUUGUUGUCUUUGCCAUAAAGUGGACAAAAAAUUUCGGCACAGGAGCUUUGCAUUCUGACCAAGAAGAUAGUUUACAAAUUGAUAAUUUCAUGUUUGUGAUGUUUACUUCCAAUUUUGUUGGAAUUGUUUUUGCCAGAUCUCUUCAUUACCAGUUUUAUGUGUGGUACUUUUUUACCCUCCCUUACCUCCUUUGGUCCACAAACUAUCCAGUCGUCUUCAAGUUGUGUAUACUGGGUAUAUUGGAGUUGUGUUGGAAUACUUACCCUUCAACGGCAUUGAGCAGCGGCUUCCUGCACCUCUGCCACUUCCUCAUUCUUUUCCACUUGCUGUACUUUGGAAAACCCCACCCAAGACUCAAGCCCAUAAAGAGUGCAGAUUAAAAUACUUAUUUUAAAAAUUUAUAUUUAUUUACAUAGUCACCUCUGUGAUCAAAGUACCUGCCAAAUAAAUAUCUGUUUCAUGUU